CCGUCGCACCACGUGACAUGUACACAUGUACCAUAAAUCAACUGCAUGAGCACACAUGUGUACACUGAGUGGUUGUUGCUACGUACUACGCGCAUAGUCUAAAUGUAGCCGCACAAUGCGGACCACAGGGCCGAAAAAGGGGAAAAAGCGACUACCACUUUCUGGCGAAGAACAGCGGUGCAAAAAAAAACCGACAACCGCGAACUUGCCAAGAAUGUCAUGUAGAGAACCCAAGGCUACACAUACAACCCACCAUAUCUACACAGCUAGCUGGUGUCGACGACAGUGUUGUCCUCUGAAAGGGCCACGAAUGAAGCCACUUGUGAAUCGUUUGCAAUGUUUUGUGCUCUGAUGCCCAUCACGCGGUCUGCAGAUGCAAGGAAAAUGCAGAGAAAAAAGAAGACAUCCACUGUGGACAAUUGCAUGUACAUACAGAAACCUUACCAAGUGGGCCAAGGUCUCGUUGAGCAGCGUUUGUGCCACUUGUCGGCCACUGCAGCACCUCAAUUGCAUGGGCUUCGAACUCCGCCAUGGUAACAUUGUAGCCCCACCUACAAGCCCACACGAUCGUUGACGAUGUCCCCUCUUGCCUCAUGCAUUGUUCCAUUUGUUUAGUCUCCUUACACAAAGACGGUACACGAUGAGAGAUCCCGCUUCAGCCCGUCUUCAGCCAUGCGAUAGCUCCCCAAUCCAUUCGCCGUAGUAAGGUUCACGUAUGAAUGCAGUGGCUCAAGCAGCCCCCACUCUUCCGGCGACAAUUCUGACACACCACCAACGCUAUCGGCGGCAAACAGCGAGAAAUGGCUGUCAUGCGGGCUGCUGAUAUUAUGGGCGAUGACAAGCACAGCUGAAUGAGCCUCCACGUUAUUGUUGAAGUCGUCGAAUGUGCGAUAGAAGUGUGCGGGUAUUUGCAACUUUCUCAGAGCAGAAGCAUUGCCGUCGGAAGAUGUAAUAGCGCUCGACCAACGGCAACGACGGUUGAGCAUGCUGUUGCUGCCUCCAUCGAUGGGAUCGAUGGGCUGUCGUACAGGCACAGUAUCAUCGAACCCAUCAGGACACUCUAUGAUCCAAGAAGGGAUGCUGCAGUUGGAUCGCGUUGUUUGGUCUUCGACGAGCCCCCAGGUGUCUUGAUACAAGAUAAACGCCUCAGUGGCCCACUCAGCCGUCACGCGAUCGAUAAAGUGACCGUCCUCUUCGCCUUUCAUCUCCUCCCUAUGUGGCGCCUCUUCCGUAGUGACGACAAGAGCCGAGGAUGCAUUAAUCAUAAUCGCGUUUCGAGCCUGAACGGCAGCAGCAUUACACGCGUCUGGUCGGUAGCUGUCUAUCUUUUCUUCUUGCCUACCGUGUACGUCGCCACUCCACUGGACGUGUUCCUGAAGACUUCCACCCUGUAGCGAGCCGCCGACGCAUUGCCACCCUGUGCUGGGCUGGCGUUGCUCAUGGGAUAGAGGGUGAAAUUCAUGAUGCCAAGAGCAGCGUCUUGUCCCAU